GUUGGUUCUAGGAGGCUGUUUUCCUUCAUGCUGCCUUAUUGUGUUUUUUCAUUCGCUAUCUAGUGCCACGGUUUUUCCGUUUCUGCUCUGAGUGUGAGGAGCCAGCCAUUGUUGGAAAAGUGCAAUUUUUAAGAAGUUGGGACACUGCUGUGUCGGUUGUUCUGUUGAAUUCGUUAUCUUCGUGUUUCUGUGCUGCUAAUGGAAAACAGUAGUUAUUAAGUUGUUUGCUACCAUAAAAAAAACGUGCAAUUGUUUCAAUUUAGUGAAAAAGUUUUUAAAGAUUAGUUGUUACGCAUCAUUUAGAAAAUUAGAAUCCUGAAGUUGGAGUUAGUGAAAUUGCUUCAUAGCUAAUAAAUCUGUGCAGUGAUUAUUCAGCAGUUACCAGCAUACAUAAUUUGUGACGAGAAAGUAGUUCUCAUUUUUCAUCGCUAAAACAGUCCAUAAUUUAAUUAGCGUAUAAGGCGAACUGUACAACAACAACAAAGAGAUCACUCCUAAGCCAAAGAAGAGUGAUUGAAAAGGAACGGAUAAAUUCACGCAAUCGUUAAUUAAUAUUCACCCGUUGAAGCAGAUUGUAUGCUCGAGUGAUGAAAGCAACCCGUCAGUAGGUUUUCCAGUGCGGAGAAAGUAAAUAAAUGCUCAUUCAUCGAUAUAGCAUCAAAUAAAAAUAUAUCUUCCCGAAAUAAACUUUGCCUUCAAGUACGCGGUACUGCGCUUCAUCCCAGACUGCGGGCACACACUAUAUAAUAAUAAUAAUAAUAAUACAUUCCAAGUGUGAAUGAAAAUUUACUGUCCUGUGUCAGUGUCAAUGCCAGUAGUGCGCUAGUGCUGCCGCCAGUGUCAGUGAGGAGAAGAAAAAGAGGGGCAACGCUUGUUUUGGCACGUUCAGGUUCUUCCAAGUGAUUGCGUUGCGGUGGUGUUGUUGCAGGCAAGGAGAUAAGUUGAAGUGAAGAUACACUCUAAUUUGCGUUUUUUCGGUAAACCAGAUGUGCGUCGUUUACCGUCGUCGUCGUCGAGAAAAGCAAUAAACAGUGACUGCAAAAUAAGCGCAUAACCUGUACUUCUGUACGGCAAACAUCGCGGGAUUUUGAUUACAGUUAUAAAAUCUUAAACGACCGUGGAAGAUGGAUCACGGCGAGGUUGAUGACGAAGCUCCUAUAGACCCGCGGCUUAACAGCCGCUCAUUUCCAUUGGAUCCGGACUUCGAGGGUCAUCGAGCGCACACCGUUUUCGUUGGUGUUCACAUUCCGGGCUCAUCGAGACGCCACUCACAGCGACGUCGCCAUAGGCACCACCAGCAGAGCCGUGAUGGUGGCGACAAAAAUGCCAACGCCGAAGCCGAACGACCAGUCACUCCACCCGCACAAAGAGUCCAGUUCAUCUUGGGAGGCGAAGUGGACGACACGAACCAUGAGUCACAUCCUCUAUUCUCCGAGAUGGAAGAGCUGGUCAAGGAAGGUGAUGAAAUAGCCUGGAAGGAGACCGCCCGAUGGGUCAAAUUCGAAGAGGACGUCGAAGAGGGUGGCAAUCGGUGGUCCAAACCGCACGUUGCCACCCUUUCGCUGCACUCUCUGUUCGAGCUGCGAAGUCUACUGCUGAACGGUACGGUGAUACUGGACAUGGAAGCCGUCAGCCUCGAGACGAUUGCCGAGCUGGUCUGCGAAAAUAUGGUCAAUGCUGGCACAUUGCCCAUCGACGCGCGAGAUAAGGUUAUCGACGCUCUGCUAAAGCGACACAAACAUCAGCACGAAUUUGGCAAUAAAAAGUCCCGUUUGCCACUCAUCCGAUCGCUAGCCGACAUAGGCAAAAACCAUUCGAGUUCUAAGAAUAUGCGACGUUCAUCCACCGCCACCUCUGCCAACUCAUACCCAAUGCACGUCGUAUCAUCGGCACCCGGAAUGCACGAUGACGUUGGUGAGCCAACACUGUCGCCACAAACCGCACUGCUCGGCGGAUCUGCCAGAGAUCAGCGAGGUCACUAUCUUGCACUGCCAACAGUUGAAGAACAACAACAACACAACCAACAGCAACAACAAACCACACUCUCCGGCAACAGUGGCCACCUUAAUGUCCCGGGUAAUGGUAACAACGGAAAGCAUUUAACCGUGCCUGGAAAAGCUUCCGGGGAGAACUUGAUUCAAAGUCCGAGCAAUCUCUCGAUGGCACGAAACACCAGCUCCGGCGAGCUACAGAAUGGCGAACACAAGACGAAUACGCAUUUUAUGAGAAAAAUACCACCGGGUGCGGAAGCGAGCAACAUCCUGGUCGGUGAGGUGGAUUUCCUCGAUAAAACACUUGCAGCAUUCCUGCGGCUCAACAAUGCCGCCGUAAUGGGCGACCUAACCGAGGUGCCCGUACCAACCAGAUUCAUUUUUAUCCUGCUCGGUCCACCGGGAAGCCACGGUAGCUUCCAUGAGAUCGGUCGUGCCAUGGCGACACUUAUGUCCGACGAAAUCUUCCACGAGGUUGCCUAUCGUGCCAAAAAGCGUGAACAUCUGCUGGCCGGUGUCGAUGAAUUUUUGGAUGCAGUUACUGUGCUACCACCGGGAGAAUGGGAUCCAUCGAUUCGGAUAGAACCCCCGGCUGCCAUACCGUCGCAAGAGGUUCGCAAAAGACCUCCGGAGAAAAAUCCUAAGGAAGAAAUUGACGAAGAAGAGGAGGAACAACGACAACGGGAGGAGUCCGGACUUUCCCGAACCGGGCGUCUGUUUGGUGGGCUGAUUAACGAUUUGAAGCGUAAAAAACCAUUCUAUUGGUCGGAUUUUAAGGAUGGUUUGUCUAUGCAAUGUAUAGCUUCAUGGAUUUUCCUGUACUUUGCGUGCCUCUCGCCUAUAAUCACCUUCGGUGGUUUACUUGGCUCGGCAACCGGUAACAAUAUCGCAGCAAUGGAAUCGCUGGUUUCUGGUUUCGUUUGCGGUAUUGGCUACGGAUUUUUCUCAGGCCAACCACUAACCAUUCUUGGGUCGACGGGCCCUGUGCUCGUGUUCGAGACAAUCGUGUACGAUUUUUGUAUGCGAGUUGGAUGGGAGUACUUGACUUUCAGGUUCUGGAUUGGUACGUGGGUUGCCAUAAUUUUAGUCAUACUUGUUGCGAUAGAUGCGAGUGCAUUCGUGUGCUAUAUCACCAGGUUUACCGAGGAGAAUUUUGCUUGUCUCAUAGCGUUUAUUUUCAUCUACAAAGCUGUUGAAAAUGUGCUGCACAUCGGUACCGAUUACCCGCUGAACACCGCAGGUGUAAAAUACGACUGUUCUUGCCUGCCACCAGACAACCAAACUAUUACGCUGGAGAAUAUUCAUGACUGGUCACAAUACGAUAAGAAAACCUGUGCUCUCAUGAAUGGCACUUUAUCUGGAGCGGACUGCUUAAAGACCGAAUACAUCUCGGAUGUCUUCCUGAUGUCGAUUAUCCUGUUCAUAGGCACCUACAUCAUCUCUGUGCUGCUGAAAGAUUUUAAAAACGCAUUAUUCUUCCCCUCGAGUGUGAGGCAGUUUUUUAGCGAUUUCGCCGUCAUUAUUGCGAUUUUAUCAAUGACCACGCUAGAUUUUAUCACCAACGUUCCAACCCCGAAGCUGGAGGUUCCGCGAGAGUUCAAGCCAACCAUUCCGGAUCGGGGAUGGGUCGUUCAACCAUUCCACGAAAAGAACCCGAUCUGGUCUUCGGUACUCGCCGUACUGCCGGCCCUGUUGGGUACCAUCUUGAUCUUCAUGGAUCAACAAAUUACGGCUGUGAUAAUCAAUAGGAAGGAGCAUAAGCUAAAGAAAGGUUGUGGCUACCAUCUGGAUCUGUUCGUACUGGCUUUGUUGAUAGAGAUCUGCACAAUCAUGGGACUACCAUGGUUUGUAGCCGCCACCGUACUCAGUAUUAAUCAUGUCAAUUCACUCAAGCAAGAAUCGGAAACAGCCGCUCCGGGUGAAAAACCGCAGUUUUUGGGAGUCCGCGAGCAGCGGGUCACUCAUAUUCUGAUCUUCUUGACAAUCGGUUGUUCGGUGCUGCUGACACCGCUACUAUCACACAUUCCAAUGCCAGUAUUAUACGGCGUGUUUCUGUACAUGGGGGCCGCAUCACUCAAAGGACUUCAAUUUUUCGAUCGAUUGCUAAUCAUGCUGAUGCCCAUCAAGUACCAGCCAGACUAUAUGUUUUUACGACAGGUCCCGAUACGUCGUGUACAUCUAUUCACAUUGAUCCAGCUUGCAUGCCUGGUGAUGUUGUGGGUCAUUAAAUCGUUCUCAUCAACGUCAAUCCUGUUUCCAUUGAUGCUGGUAGUGAUGAUUGGCAUCCGAAAAUCGCUCGAUUUACUAUUCACAAGACGCGAGCUCAAGAUUCUGGACGAUGUCAUGCCGGAAAUAACCAAACGAGCGAACGCUGAUGACCUCCGGCAGCUGGAGGAUGGCGAGGACUCCGGUCAUCAUUCAGCCGACAACCUGCAGCUUCCGCUGGAGAACGGUGCCCUCAAUGCCAGCAAGGGUAAAAUUAACAUUUCCGAAGAAGUCAAUCGCACCACAAUCUGGAAGCAGGUCAACAACUGUAACGUGUUGUUUACGAAAAAGCAAACCAAACCCGACAGCUCCCAGAAGCCACCAUCGACAACAACACAACAAACGCAACAACAAUCACUUUCCGAAAGCACAAAAAAAUCGAUCACAACCGACCAGCGACUGUCCACCAUGAAGGAGGAGGAGGAAAGCAACCCGGACGAUGCCAACAACCGUCAAUUAAACCAUUCCAAACGAACGCAGAAACUGAAACGGGAGUUUUGGAUGAAUUCAUCCCGAGCGGGAAAUGCAGCGUUCGCUUGCGGUAAUACUGCCGGACAGAAACGAGACGAAGGCGGCGGAUUUGGGGACACAUCAAUCGGGCGCCAGCUAAGUGCGUCCGAGACGCAGGUGUGAGAGUGAGCCAUUGUUAAAGAUUAAAGUUGAUUGUUUCCGUAUCGGUAGGUAGCUGAAAGUCACCUAAACUUGUAAUAGAUAAAGGAAAUGUGAGUAGACAGAGCUUUGUUGCUUGUUAAAAGGUCCGAAGAUUCCAUUGCUGCAGUAGAAAGUAAUCCGAGGAAUCGGUCAAUGUGUCCGCGUGCUGUUAGCGAAACCAAAAUACAAAUCAUUUUUUUCUAGAAUACUUAUUAUUAUCAACCAUAAUAUACCCUAUUUAGGGAAAUAGUUAUUUUUUUCUACAAAGAAAUGACUGGAUUAGUGUUUGGAGUAUCAGCAUUGUUUCUAUUAUUGAAAGGUAGAAUAAUGGCAUAUUUAGGUAUAAAACUACUCCAUUGUAAUACUUGAAACCUUAUACAAUUAUUAGCGAAUAAAU